AUCGAUUGCUGUCACGACCGAAUAUUGAUAUAUAAAGAAGUUUCGAAGACGUCUUGGUCAGAUCAUCUUUAUAAAAAGGCAAACGCCAGACGAAACUUCAAUCAUCUGAGACCUUAAGGGACGGAAAUACGUUGUGAACAGUAAAGGACUGUCUGAAUUAAAAAAGAACCCAUCAAGAUGCGAAUUGCGGUAAUUAUAUUGAUUGCGACUUGUAUCGCCGUCACGCAAGCACGUGGGCGUGGUCGACUCUUUAAAUACAACAAACAAGAGAUAGGUGGCCGACAAAAAACUCCAUCGAAUGGUAGGAUGCCGGGCAAAGAUAUGGAACGUCCAGAACGACCCGAUAGCGACACGAAAUCUAGAAAUCCCGGACGCAAAUACAAGGAUAGGGUCCGAGGGGACGAUCGUAUUGAGACAGAUAGCACAUACCAAACAUCACACCAGCAUCGUCCCGGUCAUCGUACCGACACCGAUAGUUCAGCCUCGAAUGGAGAUUCACGUCCAUACCGACGAGGGUAUCAUCCACGUCCUCGCGGACACAAACGCCACAGCAGCGAAUCUUCAUCCGACAGCAGCGAAUCUCGCGAAGAUUCUGUUGAAUCUGGCGAUGCUGAAAUUGAAAAACCAGAUGUUAAACCAGAAGAACCCACAAGCGGAGAAGGGCCCAUCGAAAGCGGUUCUGGUGACGUGAUGGAAGAAGGCAUGUUGCCUUAGACAUUGCAUAAACGGUCGUUAUGAUACCUAACUCUACUACUUUAAAGGCAGAAUCAGUUCU